AUGACAGAAGUGUUUUGUCUGUCAUCUUUCCCAUACGUUCUUUUGCCGUUGUAUGUUAAGUCAAUUGGGUCAUUUUCGGCUGAUAAAAACAUCAAAUACUCCUCGUCAAUAUCAGAAUUCAUGAAGAAAACGUUGGAUAUCGAUCCAGCGCACUGUAUCAUUCAGUUCCUGAAUUUGGAUCCGGAAAAUGUAGGAUGCAGUGGUACGACAAUGAAGGAGCUUGCAAAGAAAUAA